ACAUCACAUCUUGUGCUGUCUAUGAAGAUGAAAAUUAUUUGCAGUGAAACAGACAACAAAUUUUUGGAUUUUGAAAAUUUUAAUAGUGCAAAGCAAACCGACUUUGAUAGUGAAAAAAGGAUAGUUAUGGAUCCGGUUAAAAAAUCAAAAGUACUCACUGAAGUUGAGUUAAACAACAAUUCUCACAUAGAACCAGAAGAAGAAUAUGAAAAGAUCGAAGAAGGAGAAAGAGCAGAAUCUCUUCUCGAAGACGAAGAAAAGGACCAAAAAGAUAAAAAUGGGGCCAUCAUUUUUCCAUAUACAAUCAAAACGGAGGACAAGGUUGAACUUGCAAAAGGAACGAAUGUGUGGAUAUUAAAAACAGAUUUGCAGAGAAUUGAAGGAAAAUGCGAAUUUAUCCGUUGUGAUGAUAGGCACAGAACAAUGACACGUUUUUUGCUGCUUAAUCUGUUAGGUAGUCAAAACUUUAAAAAUAUGAGUGUUGGUGUUGGCGGAAGAAAUGGAAAAAUUUACAUUCCGCUACCAAAAGAAGUUUAUUCUGCCGUUCGAAGUUACGUGAUAAAGGACUGCAAGAAUUCAGUCUGUCAGACAACAAUACUGAAAUGUAACACUUACAGACAUUAUAUUGCCAACGUUUUUAAAAAUGCAAGACGAAACCCUGUUACAGAAAUUGUACGAGGACGAUAUACUGGAAGUAGAAAUAACGAAAUUAUGCCGACACCAAACGGGUUUUUGCCGAAUACGACCAAUUUGAAUCAAAUCGUAUUUCCCUAUAUGAUAUGGAAUGAGAAAAAGGUAGAAAUUAUACUACAGACAAAUGUAUGGAUCUACAAGGCAUUCUUGAAUAUUAUUAAGGAGACUUGGAGAAAUAAACAAAGCUUAAUGACACAAAAUCUUUUGCGACAUUUGCUUGGUCCUGAAAACAUGAAAUAUAUGACUCUUAAUGGAACGUGGGGAACUAUACCAAUGCCCAGCAUAGUGUACUUUGCAAUUCGCACAUUCGUGGUACAGAAUUGCACUCCAGACGCUCAGCUUUCGACAAUGGAAUUUGAAGACUGCAUAAAUGAUACUUUUGCAAAAUCAAGGGAAAAUUUACAACAAAUAGCUGUAGACAAAUCUACAAGUACCGCAAAAAUCAGUAGCAAAACCAUGCCUAAAAAGUACUUUCCAGCCAUUUCUCCAAACUAUUUCGGAAACAGCUUGACCAACAACUUCCAGGCUAAUUUCCCAUUUACUUCAGAAAUUCGAGAAUUAAAUAGUUUGAGUCAUAAUAAACCACAAAACGAUAUCAAACAUGAAAACAAGCGGCGAAAAUUAUCAUCAGAUAAUUACUUUGUUCCGCAAGGUUACAGUUUUCCGGAAGCUGAGUAUCAUUUACAACAGUAUGUGACUCCAGUGAACUUUGGUUAUACUCUUCCUCAUUAUCCUUUAAUAUAUUAUGAUAAUUUCUGGACGGACGUAGCAUCGUGGGCCUGGAGCAACUUCGAAUCCAGCGAGGGAUACUGUCGCUGCACACUGGAAGGGGAAGAGUACGCAGGUAACAGUGCGAGUCGGGCUAUGAUCUGUCGCUGCACGCUGGAAGGGGAAGAGUACGCAGGUAGCCGUUGA